CAGGUGUGGAUGGGGGUUCAGUUCAAUAUUUCUCAAUCACGACAAUACCUGGCGUUUACAUAGGAGAAUGUUCCAAUAGGCACUUCGAGCGGAUGCAGCUAUGACAUAUCGAUUUGUCCAGAUACGCAAAGUAUAUCAGCUACUGGUCAAUUUUCUUGAAACACCCGAAGAAUAUUCUGAACAUUUACAAACACUGGCUGCGUCUGCCGUCAUGGAAGUGACAUAUGGUUAUGACUCGGCGCCCCGCCAUGACGCUUUGGUUGAGGCCGUGGAACGCUCAACGAAUAUACUUGCCAAGGCACUAAAUCCCGAGGGAGCAGCAAUCCUCGGCGCAUUACCGUUUUUGCGACACAUCCCUGCCUGGUUUCCUGGAGCAAGCUUCAAGCGUAAGACGCUUGAGUGUCAACAGCUGACUGUAGGGGUGGUCAAAAAUCCCUUCCAAUACACAAAGCAGAGUAUAGCUGCAAGCACAGCAAAGCUAUCGAUGGUAUCCGACUUACUGAGUCGAACGGAGCAAGGGGACUACCAUCAAGAACUUGCAAUCAAACAUGCUUCUGCCAGCGCGUUCGCUGAAACUUCCUCUUCGACACUCAACGUUCUCAUGCUUGCGAUGUUCCUUCACCCUGAUGUACAACGCAAGGCACAACUAGAGAUCGACUCCAUAAUUGGUCGAGACAGGCUUCCAGACUUCAGUGAUAGGCCAUCAUUGCCUUACGUUGAAGCAGUUUUUCGUGAGACGCUCAGGUGGCGCCCUGUAGCCCCCCCCUUGGGAUAUUUUAUACCCAAAGGAGCAGUUGUGAUACCAAAUAUAUGGGCGAUGACACACAAUGAAGACAAGUAUCCAGACUCCAUCAAUUUCAAGCUCGAACGUUUCUCCCCUGAUGGAAAGUUGAGUCACGACAACGUUGGCUUUAUCUUUGGAUUUGGAAGGCGAGUUUGCGUAGGCCCUCACAUCGCUGAUGCAUCGUUGUGGGCCAGUUUUGUAUCUAUAUUAGUCACGUUCAGCAAAGAUAAACAAAGCAAUGAAAUCGAAGUGACGCCGAAAUGGACAGUUGGAAUAACUACCUCCCGUAUCUGUGUCGCAUUGACAUUCGGUCAGGGACGAGCCCCAAGAAGCUGUUGCAAAUGAUUGAUUCCCAUACGUGACAUAGCAGCCACAAUACGAAAAUAAAACGUUUCACAAUCAUAUCCAUUUUU